AGCACUCCAGUGAAAGGGCCUCUCUCCUCCACGCAGGCCUGAAGGUGGCUUCCUCGGGCCUCAGGAUGCAAAGGUGGGGGUUGUGGGCCAUGGCGGCCUCCUUGACCCUCCUCUUUGCACAGGCCUUUCCGCAGACGGACAUCAGUAUCAGCCCAGCCAUGCCUGAGCUGCCCCAGGCUUCCCUGUGCCCACUGUUCUGGAUGGAGUUCAAAGGCCACUGCUAUAGAUUUUUCCCUCUCAAUAAGACUUGGGCCGAGGCUGACUUCUACUGCUCUGAGUUCUCCAUUGGGAGGAAGUCUGCCAAACUGGCUUCCAUCCACAGCUGGGAAGAGAAUGUCUUUGUGUAUGACCUUGUGAACAGCUGUGUGCCCGGGAUCCCAGCUGACAUCUGGACAGGGCUUCAUGAUCACAGACAGGAAGGGCAGUUUGAAUGGACCGACGGCUCCUCCUAUGACUACAGCUACUGGGACGGGAGCCAGCCGGAUGGUGGCCUGCACACGGACCCAGAAGAGGAGGAUUGCGUGCAGAUAUGGUACCGGCCCACCAGCGCUCUGAGGUCAUGGAAUGAUAACACCUGCAACCACGAGUUCCCCUUUGUCUGCAAGAUCGCGUCUCUGACCAUUCACUGAUCCGGUUUUGUCCCCUCCCAGGGAGCCCAACUCCAGGACCGUCUUAUAGCUGUACUGAAUGUAGAUCCAAUACUCAAUAAAUGUGAAACACAGGGGAGAUAAAGCUCCC